AUGGAGGACGGGCAGCCGCCAGUGGAGCAGCAGGUGAUCCGGCCGUCAUACGAGGGGGACCCGCGGCAUCUGCUGCCGCUCAUCUUCCUGGCGAACGCGUAUGAGACGCUGGUGGGCGAGGUGAACGGGCGCAUGGCGGAGAUGGACGUGCUGCGCGGCAAGACCAUGGGGCUCGCGCUUGAGGCUGCUGGAGGAUUGUAUCGCCGCAUGGUCGAGAAAUUCCCCAAGUCCGGAGCCGUGACCAUAUUCAGGCGAAGGGAGAUGGCGUCUGCACUGGAGGCUAGGGCGCGCUUCCCCCAGCUGGUGCUGGGGCGGGACGACAAGCGCGUGCGGUUCAUUGUGGUGCACGGGCUGGAGCUCGUGGAACGACCCUCCACCAUGUCCCCUGAUGACGCUGAGUGGUUCAAGAGGAUAACCGGGCGGCAUGAGGUGGCAAUAUACCCGCGGGACUUCAAGUACUUUACGCCGCGGCCCAAACCCCGGAGGGUGCCUCAGCCGUCCGUGUCUGCUGUUUCUGUGGCGAACCCGGCUGAACUCGCUGCUCCCAUGCACCACAUGGUAAGGGCGGGAACUAAAGAGGGGAAGGGGGGCGGAGCGGUGGGGGAAGGGACCGAGAGGGUGCCUCAGGCGUCCGUGUCUGCUGUUUCUGUGGCGAACCCAGCUGAACUCGCUGCUCCCAUGCACCAUAUGGUAAGUAAGGAUGGUGGGAGCAUGGGGGGAAGGGGAGGAGAUGAUUCAGAGGGGUUUAGAUGGGAUUGGGCGAGGGAUUUAGAGGGGCGAGGUGAUUUUGACGUGCCUCUGAGCUCACUGCUGCUGUGGGCAUGA